UAUAAAUAACGCAUAUGAGCCAUUAAAGAGUCCCACAAAUACUUUUACUCAAAAAAAAAUAAAAGAAGCGAAGAUUUAUUAAAAAUGAAUAUGGCAAACGGAGAGAAACCAAAAAAGAAGAAAAGUCUCAUGAACUUCUACAAGUUCUCCACCACCAGUUCGAAGCAGUCACUCAUAAACCCUAAAUCCACACCAAACAAAGUCCAGAUCCCACCAUCAUCACUAUAUCAAGAAGAGGUAUCAAAAUCAAUCGUGGUCCAGGCAAGUAAAACACAAAACCAUGCAAGGAGGGACAUCUUUGAGUUAAAGACUACUAGUAAUGAGAGAAAGAAAGGCGGUGGUGGGGGUGGUGGUGGUGCGGCGGAGGAGGGGAGGAAGUCGGUGUCUCACGUGGAGAGGGAUACGGAGGCGAGGAUAGCGGCAGCGGCGGAGAUGUUAACGGUGAGGAUAUUAGCAGCGGACAUGCCGGGGUUUAUGCAAGCACAUGCGUUUAGGUGUGCGAGAACGACGUUAGAUAGUUUGGAGAAGUUUAGUUCGAAGCACAUGGCUUUCAAUCUCAAGAAGGAGUUUGACAAAGGGUAUGGACCAGCAUGGCAUUGCAUAGUGGGGUCAAGUUUCGGGUCGUUCGUGACACAUUCCACAGGUUGUUUUAUUUAUUUCUCAAUGGACAAACUCUACAUUCUCCUCUUCAAAACCAAAGUUCGUCCUGCUUCUCCCCAUUGAUUUUAUUUCUUUCUUUCCUCUUCUUCUUUUUAUUAUAUAUUGUUUUCCUCUCUUUCGUUUUAGGAUGUCACUUAUACCAAUCAUAUUCAAAAGGCCUACUGUAAAUUCAUUAUUACUACUCUUUUUAUAAUAUGUCAUCAUAAAGUUGGCACAA